ACUCGCCAGGGGACGAUGCCACCACGCGUGGGGGGACAAUGCCACCAUUCUCGCGGGGACGCUGCCACCAGGACCCACGGCAGGCGACGCUGCCACCUGGACGCGCCCGGUGCCACCCCCGGCGGGGACAUGUGACCCCACGGGUGACACCGCCCACGGCCCGACCCUUGCCCUGCGUGUCCCCGAAGCUCUGCCAUGGCGGUGGCCGCGGCUCUGGGUCCCCUGGGCGCGGUGGCCCUGGGCACCCUGGGCACCCUGGCGCUGUCGCUGCUGCUGCGCUGGCUUUGGGACGCGGCGGUGGCUGUCGCCCGCUUCCGGGCCACUUGCCGCCAGCUGAACAGGUUCCCCCUCCCGCCCUGGCGCAACUGGCUGCUGGGACACACCGGCGUGGCUCAGAGCACGGAGCAGGGCCUGCAGGCCGUGGACGCGCUGGUGGCCCAGUACAGCCACGGUUGCCUGUGGUGGGCACUGCCCUGGUUGCCCGUCCUGCGCCUCUUCCACCCCUCCACCCUCCGGCCCCUCCUCAGCGCCUCAGCCUUCGUUGCCCCCAAGGAUGAGAUGUUCUACGGAUUCCUCAAGCCCUGGUUGGGGGAGGGGUUGCUGCUGAGCCGCGGGCAGAGGUGGGCGCGGCACCGGCGGCUCCUGACCCCGGCGUUCCACGGGGACGUGAUCCGGGGAUACGCGGGAAUCUUCAACCAGAGCACCCGCGUCCUGCUCGCCAAGUGGGGGGCUGCGGCCGCGGCUGUGGCCGGGGGGGGCCCGGUGGGGCUGGAGGUGCUGCAGCCCCUGAGCCUCCUGACGCUGGACACGCUGCAGAAAUGCAUCUUCAGCCACGAGAGCCACUGCCAGCAGAAGCCCAGCGAGUACAUCCAGGCCAUCCUGGAGCUGAGCUCGCUGGUGGUGCGGCGCCAGCACCGCCCGCUGCUCCACCCGCCCUGGUUCUACCGCCUGUCCCCUGACGGCCGGCGUUUCGCCCGCGCCUGCGCCGCCGUGCGCGGCUUCACCGCCGACGUGGUGCAGCGCCGGCGCCGGGACCUCGCCCGCCUGGGCCACCAGGCCUGGCUGGAGGGCCACCGAGGGCGCAGCAUGGACUUCAUCGACCUCCUGCUGCUCGCUAAGGACGAGGAUGGCAACACCCUGUUGGACGAGGACAUCGCGGCCGAGGCCGACACCUUCAUGUUCGAGGGCCACGACACGACGGCCAGUGGCCUGGCCUGGCUCUUCUACAACCUGGCCGGCCACCCCGAGUACCAGGAGCGGUGCCGCCAGGAGGUCCGGGAGCUCCUCGCGGGCCGGGACACCGAGGACAUCGAAUGGGAGGACCUGUCCCGCCUGCCCUUCACCACCAUGUGCAUCAAGGAGAGCCUGCGGCUGCACCCGCCCGUCCUCGCCGUGUCCCGGCGCUGCACCGAGGACGUGGCCCUGCGCGACGGCCGCGUCAUCCCCAAGGGGAUCAUCUGCCUGAUGAGCAUCUACGGGACCCACCACAACCCGGAGCUCUGGCCCGACCCCGAGGUCUACAACCCGCUGAGGUUCAGCCCUGAGAACACCAAGGGACGGUCCCCAUCAUCCUUCAUCCCCUUCUCCGCCGGCCCCAGGAACUGCAUCGGGCAGAGCUUCGCCAUGGCCGAGAUGAAGGUGGUGGUGGCACUGACGCUGUCCCGCUUCGUGCUGCGGAGGGACCCGGCCCGGCCGCCCCCGCGCCGCAAACCGGAGCUCAUCCUGCGCGCCGAGGACGGGCUGUGGCUGCUGCUGGAGCCACUGCCCCGGGACACGGCCUGAGGGACACGGGGACACCGCGGGGACACCGCGGGGACACCCUGCGGGGACACGCCGUGGGGACACCCUGUGGGGCGGGUGUCACACCCGGGGGAGCAGCGGGGAAUAAACGUGGCACA